AUGACGGAACCAAAGCCAAAGAAAGUGCUCACAUACACAUUUGACACCCAGCCGGAGAAACGCGAGAUCAGUCUCGGGCGCUUCUCUACCACCCAAGUCCUUCAAAACGCGGAUUUUCCCAUUGACAACAAGUUUAUCAGCCGCCUCCAUGCCCAGUUCAUCAUUUCGAGUCUCCCGCUCAACUUGGCGGUACGUGACUGCUCCAGCAAGACUGGAAGUGCUGUCAUUACCGACCAACAACAAAUUGACAGCUUGGGAUCGCUAGACGAAUUGGACGCGUGCCCAAAACAAAAGCUUACGACUCAGGAAACCCCGGUGCUGUCACCGUUCAUCCUCUGUCUUGCCCAGCCAAGGCUGGAGGAUGUAUUUAAGCAAAGCCCCGGGCUAAAGUACCGGCUUUACUACCGCGCAACUUUUUCUGACAAGCAGUUGACAUUGAGGAGAAUGAGUCAAUUAUACUUUGCAACGAAGAAUGGAGGCAUGUCGAAUUCCUCCGAGGAAGUUGUAGAGAUCCUCAGUGACUCGGGGGAGGUCCAUGACGGCGUGGAUGAAACGACAUCAGCGUUUGAAUCAAAGACUGUGGAAACAGCAAGCGAGACUGCACAAUCUGCAGUGGAGAUUACAACCAAGGUACCGAGUCUCUUUUCUGGAACCGUUGACAGCGGCGAUCAAGAUCAAGGGGACACGGUGCCUGGUGUUUUCGGCUCGUUAGGUGAAGAGCUGAGCAGGAAUGCUCCUGAGACAUUGACUUGUGAAUCUGACAGCUCGGACUCCGACAAUUUGGAUUAUGAUCCCAAGCUUUUAGUUGGUGUAGAUGCUUCGAUAUCUGCUGCUUCAUUCCGUAAAGUGAGUCAGUCGGAGGAUCCAAUGGGCCAGAUUAUGGAUUUCACGCAGAUCGACAGUCUGGAUGAACUGGAUAAUGAAGAAAUUGAUAAUUCAACUGAGAUGGGUUUGAGAAGCCCCAAAGCAUUUUUCGAUGGCGAUGUUGCAAUGAAUGAUGCCAGUGAAGAUGAUAGUUCCAGUGACAGUGAACUGAAUCACAACAAGACUGAAUAUUUCAUGAGAAUGGCUGGUUUGUCACAACCUGCUGAGCGGAAAACAAGUGGACCCGGCCCUGAGCCCGACAAUACCACCAUAGCUAUCCACAAAGCACAAGAGGUGGAGGAGACCGGCUCUGUCUUCCUGUCGAAACCUGCUAUCCCGGCAAAUGAAGAUGAGUAUCUCCAGGAGGUGGAAUCUGUGAGCGGCAGUAGUUUGGAGCAUGUAACGGGAAAUAACUCAUAUUCCACAGAUUCUGCAAAGGGAUUCCAAGAAUCUGACCACCCUGAAGCCACUAGUAGCCGGUCUUGGUUGAUAAAUGAUUUUGAUUCAGAGCCUGUCAAAUCUACAGAAGAAAUUGGGAUAGAUGCUUUUGGUUCCCAACCCCAGUUUACACAACCUGUAAUGACUGCUGUGGAUUCUGAGGAGCGUGGAGAUGACGUCUAUUCCGAAUGCGAAGAGGUUGAACUAAAUCAUGGUUCACAAUAUGACAUGGAUGAUGUUUCAAAGGUACUGGAUGCUGAAACUGAUAGAGGUAUGAUAUUUGAAGUGUCCGAUCAAGAGUACGAAUUUCCCCUCAUGGAAGUGUGUGGAGAAGCGAGAAACGAGGAAGAGCAAGAAGCGGAAGAUGAAGUUAGUGAUGUUCUUUCGGAUAGUGAAUGUCUUGGUAGCGAAAAUGAUGAGGAGUUUGAAGCCAUCACUAAUGAUCAUGAGGCAUCAGAGGAUGAGGUAUACGAAGGUGCUACUGAGGAAGACAUGAUCUAUGAACGAGCUGACAAACAGUGUUACGAGCAAGAUUCUGUGAAAGUGUUCUACGACGAUGACGACAAAGGGCGGAAACACGGUGAGAGAGGUUCCGAAUCUGGUGGUAACGAUGAUGGAGAGACUGGAGACUUGUAUGUGAAAGAUGCCGAUGAGGAUAACGUACAGAGUGAAGGCUCUGAAGUGGAUCUCUCAAUAAAUGAGGGUAUCCCUCGGGGAUUGACAGAAUCUGUAUCAUGUUUGGAUGAAAGAUCCGCUACGAGCUCUAUCCACAUCUUUCAAAACCUGAAACGCACAAGAGAGGUGACCGAAGUCAGCAAAAGCGCCAAACGAUCGAAAACAUCUCCAGGCGAAAGGACUCCCUCUACCGCAGACUCUGAUAUCCCUACACCACUGGUUCCUGGGAAACUAUUGCCGAUUACUAAGCGGGACUUGGCAUUUAUGUUUGCAGGCUCGCUCGCUUUGUUCACGGCAUUAUGCACUCUUCCAGAGAUUUGA